AUGGCUCCUUCUUCUGGAGGCCUUGAUUGUGGGUUCUACCUACACUUAUGGCGAUCUUUGAAGCGAAUGAAUUGUGCUUUGAGUGAUGGUGCUUCUUUGUCGGGCAAAGAAGUGAUUGGGAAAGAAAAGAGCUGUUUCGGCAGCUGGGGCAAAGCGUCUGGCAAUGACCGAGAUGCGCAACCGAGGGUGGCUCAGCGCCUGCAGAUGCUGAGCGCUUUCAUUGUUCGAGCACGUGAUUUUCAGCUUCUGCUGUUCCAGAAGGAUUUUGAUUUCUUGGCUCAACGUGGUGUGCCGAGAACCAUGGUGUGGAGUGCAGUUGGGCCUUGGGGGCUCCGACUAGGGGCUUCGGAGAUGGAGUGCUCUGAUGGCACGUGUGUGAGCGGCAACCCGCUUGCUGCUGCAACCUCUUGGUCCUCGGGGAUGGAUCACGGGAUUGCUGGGGAUGAAUGCCCUGCUCAGGGGCUACCUUUGGCGAGUGAGCCUUGUGCGCAUGCUUCCGACACGCAGGCAAGUGCAACUUUUGGGCUUCACAUGAUUGAGGACACUUUCUCUGAGGAGUUUCUUUACUACGUGCCGCAGGCAAGUGCAGCAUUUGGGCUUCACUUGAUUGAGGACACUUUCUCCGAGGAAUUUCUUUACUACGCGCCGCAGCAGCAGCUUCUUCCCUCAGCGGCUGGUCUGGACCUUGGUGCUGGGCUGUGUGGGACGUCGCCUUGCGCUGCUGAGAGCCCUGUGUGUGACAUUCAAGAAAUCAACAAGACCCGUGAAAGGGCAAAGAGCCUUAGAGGCCUAGCCAGUGAUGAUUGUGUGUGUCAAGAAAUCAACAAGACCCGCGAAAGGGCAAAGAGCCUGAGAGGCCUAACUAGUGCCGAUUGUGAUGGUGAGUGCGAGCCUGACCGUAGGACGAAGAGCCUUUAUGGCCGUGUUCUUAGUAUUCUGUGGGAGCUCAGCACUAUCAAGACCCGCGAAAGGGCUAAGAGUGAGACUGAUACCGGGCCUCUGGUGCCUGCUACUAGUUCUAGUGGUAGACAUGGCUCCCCGGAGCCCCCCUGUUCUCCCUCCUCGCAGUGCUGCUGCCAUGGCCAGUUCUUCAUCGCGCAGGGCAAGGACACUGGGGCCGACGAUGCUUCUUCCUGGGGCUGCUGCCCGACCGUGCUGAGUGUGGUGGUGAUUGCCUUCAACAGGGUUUCCCUUCGCCCCUUCGGUUUAGACACCCUCCUGUAUGCUCUGGUGCAAUGCACAACUGCGAUUGUGGACUGCGGCCUGCUGAUGGGCAGCCUCUUCCGAGGCAGGGUGGUGACGGGCAAGUGCAAGGGAUCUCGGGUCAGGUUUGGAGGCGGCAACCCGUUUGAGGGCAUGAUGGCCAGCAUCACGGAACAGCUUAUGCCCAUGAUCACUGCGCUCAUUCAGAAAGCUGUGCAGGAAGCCAUUGCAAAUGCAAUGGGAGGUGCCCCGGCAACCCCUCCCCGUGUUGUGCUGCAGGAACCGGACCUGGGCAAAGCAGCUGGUGGCAGAGGUGGUCAGCCUGGUGCUGCAAAGGGCUCGGCCAAGGGUGCUGCUAAAGGCAGUGCAGAGGCGUCCCCACCCAAGUCUGGACCUAAGGGCAAAGGGCAGGGCGACCGGCCUCCUCGUGAUGCUGAGGGCUGGACCAAGGUUCAGCGUGCUCCCCCGCAGGGCCCCUUCCAGCUCCGAAGGCAGGAUUGGAGCGCGCAGUUGUUGUCGCAGGAUGGCAUUGCCAAAGCAUUGGACGAACUUAAACCGGGUUCUACUCUGGAAGCUGUCAUUCUUGUUGAGCCCUCGGCGCUGCCGAGAAUUCGCACCAUGCUUGCAGGCACCAGCAAAUCCCAUAAAAUCACCCUUGUUACCUUGGACGCGAAUGGUCCUCACAAGGUCCCGGGAAGUGUGGGUGAUCUCCUACGUUUUCGACGAGCCUCGAUUGCACAUUGCAAAUCUGACCCUGCUGAUGGUGGUGUCCCUUGCUUUGCGGGGCACAAGGCCAAGGCCAUUAAAGUUGUUCCUGCGUCCACUUCGGUCGUCUACUUUAAGGUGCCUGAGAUGUACAUGACGCCUGAUAAAUUCAAGCAUUGGAAGAACAACCCGAGUCGUGCUGCUUCUUCUUGGGCAAGCUCUCACCAAAUCACUUUGAGUGACACGUGGGGUUGGGUCGAGGAGCAGCAGGCUGGCAAGCAAGGACUGCAGUUGUUUGGCAUUGCUCGCCUCCUGGACUCCGAGUUGUCUUCUCUCGUUGCUGUCAGUGGCCGGGAUGGAGUUUUUGUUGAUGUGCCGCGCGGCAAGCUUGUCUCCACUGUGCAGUGGCUUGCUGUUACCAAGGGGGAAGCUCCGACUGCGUACCUUGAACGCGGCCUCCGCAUGAGUGCUCCUUAUGGCCUUGCCACCCAGGGCGGACGCAUUGGCGCCAGAUCGCCUAGGGAUCCCUCACAGGCUGUCCCGCGUGUUUGGAAUUUCCCUCAUGUGCCGGCUAGCUGGGGACAGAAGGAAGUGCUGCAGGUGCUGGACCAAUCCUUCAAGGAUGUGGCUUUGAUUCAGCAUAAGCGCACUGGCGCUGAGUACUUGUAUCGCUUCAGAGCUACGCUUAAACACGGCGAUCUUGAUCUGGUUCCUUUGAGUGCUAUCGUCGAGAGCGAGCCGGGGAAGGACAAUGAAAUCACGCUGUGGGCUACGGUCCCCGCUGAACUGGAUGAUGACGGUAAGGAGGUGUCCCCUGCCAAACAUGUUGCUCUCGGACGUUUAUUUGAUUGCCACAUCCUUGUGAUCCCACGCGAUGGGAAUUUUAGUGCGAUGUCGUUUCAUGCGCAGCAGCGCAAAAGGAGGCUGGUGUUAUGGUACACGCCUCGGCACAUCGAGCUUCUUUUGCCAGCUAAGGAUGCUAAAGACUACCCAGAGGAGGUUUUCUCCGUUACGAGUGGUGCUGUCGUUGACCUGAGGGCUGGAGGGGAUGAUGUUUCCCAGUGCUCUGGUACUGUUUGGACUGCUUGCGCCCGAUCAAACCGAUCCAAGGCCAGCCGAUCAUCCUCUGUGAAGGCGGGCACUGUGUGGACUGUCACCAACGCGUCGAGCAGAAAGACCGCUUCUUCUCUUAAGCGCGCUCGCGGUGCUGCUGCGACGGUCUGGUCCCGAGCCGUCUCCUCUGGUGCUUCCGUGCAUUCUCAAAUGCCUGCCUUGCCGGAGUGCGACGAUGAUGAUGCCCCGCAACCUGAGCGGUUGCAUCAUGCCAGCCGGGCCCUGCCUCAAUCUGCCCUUGUAAUGGCCCGUCGUAAUCGCGGCCGAGCCUUCCCUGAUGGAGUUGCUAAAUGCAGGCUUUGUCCCUUUCGCCGCAAGUGUGCUGAUCCUGUGAAGGCCUAUGCGGCCUAUCAGCGGCACUUCUUGGAUUCGCAUCCGGGGGAGAAGCUUGGGCUCGCUCCUGCCCGCAAGGCUUCCUGUGUUCGUGACCUCGCUGAUGGCGAGGGGGCGUACUGGAGAUGCAAACGGUGCCAGGCAGGCAUCUCUACUGCUGAUGCGGCCCGCUUUGGCAAGGACUCUCUGUGCCGCUUUCGCCGGGAGCAUAAAACACAGGCCCACCCGCGCGUCUCUUGGGCUGUGUGGAACAAGGAAGCGAAAUCACACUCGGCCACCAAAUGGGCCUCAAAGAUCAGUGUCACUCGCAACAAUGCCCAGAAGGCUAAGCUCCUGCCGGUGCUGCGCGAGCUGGAGGCUCAGGACUUUGCUGCCUUCGGGUGGCCGCGCCAGGCUGGGAAGGACACCAAUACUGUUGAUAAGUAUCCCUUGCGCAUAUGCCCGGCUUGGGUGUGCCGCAAAUGCCGAGCGCCGUGCCCCUCUGCAGAGAUCGCUAGGAAACAUCGGUCGGUCAAGGGACAGUGCCCUUCUCGCACUGCUAAGGCGAGGGCGUGGAUUCGGUUGCGCUCCCUUGCUGCCAAUAAGAAGCUUCAUGAUGCUGCUCCUGCCUCUGUUCGCAAAGAGCAAGGCGAGCUCGCCUUCGCUGCUGCUGAAAAGGUCAAUGUUCCUGAAACGGCUGGCAUCGGCUAUCGCAACCAGUGGAAAGCGCAUGGCCGGCAUGUUGCUCUGAGUGCUCCUGAGGAUCUCGGCAGCCGGGUUGCUUUGGUCAGCGAUUUUCCUUUUCGGCAUGUCCAGCUGUGUAAGGGUCCUGCUUCCACCAGGCACGUGGCGGGACUCUUCAAUUUGCGAUCCCUCCCUGAGGAUGAUUCUUCGCUCCCUGCGAGCUCCCGGAGUGCCACUGAUGAAACCAUCCUGGUGGUGGCCUUUUAUGGCCAGGCAGGCAACGAGCCAGUCGCCCAGACACAGGUGGAUGAGGUUUUGGAGUGUGCGGUUUCCUCGGGUUAUAGGUUUGUGGUUUUGGGCGACUACAAUCUCGAGCCUUCCCAAGGCCGCUUAGGAUCGCUAAUUUCGCAAGGCAUCGUGCUUGCUGGUGAUGAAUGUGCGCGUGGCCGGCCCCUUCCUGCCACGGGCCCGGUCAAUGCCCAAGGAGUGCGCUCUCGUCGCAUUGAUUUUGCUGUUAAUCAUCGUGACUUGCCUGCGGUUUCUGUGGAUCACUUUACGUGCGAUUUUUCGGACCACUUGGGGGUACACUACUCGUAUACCCUUGAUGCUCCUUGCCCCUUGGUUGGGCCUAAGCGAUGUAAGCCUCGUGAUGAUCUCCAGUCUUCUGACUUGGAGUCCAGAUGUGCUCAAAUUGAUGCUGGCCCUUUUGCGAGCGCCUUGGAACAGAAUGAUUUGGACGGGGCUUGGCGCUUCUUGUCGAACACCGCCGAGCUUUUGCUGUGUGAGCCGUGCUCUGCAGAGUGCGUUCCUCGCGCGUCUUCCUGGGAGCCUGUCGCCCACAGUGCGGCGGGACGGGCUGGCAAGCAGCUUGUGAAGUCGGAGGGCCUGCGCCUUUUGCUGCGACUCCGUGCGAGGCUUCAGGUUCUUUCCCACCGGACGAACGAUGCUUUGCUGGUGGCGCGAAUCAGGCGCUCACUCCGGUCCACGCGCUUGAAGGUGCCCAGCCUGCCUUAUGCCUGUGAUGGCGAUGAGCUCUCUCUUCUCCCACAUGUUGCACAGCUCGUUGAGACUUUCAUGCAGCAGGAGGAGGAGGCAAGAAAGCAGAUGUGGCGCACCAGGACGCGUGCUGACCUGCCUCGUGCCCGGUCUUUUGUGAAGCGGCGCGCUGAUGAGCAGCUUGCUUGGGAGCGUCAGCUUCCGGAUGUUGCCAGUCCGGGCGACCCUGCACAUCCGGCGGUCGCGGUUGCAGCUGUGGCAAAGGACCUGCGGGCGAAGCUCUGUCCCGCGUCCUUUAGGGCGGUUGACAUGCAGGCCAUGCGUGAUCUGUUGCGGCCCCUGCCGCGCCCCGCAAGCUCGGAGGUCGUGCCUAACAUCACGCCAGAGGCUCUCCGACGCUCCAUGCAGUCCAUGAGGCACCGUGCUGCCGGGCCGGAUGCGUGGAAACCUGGACUGCUAUGUUCCAUGCCUGAUCUUUGGUGGGUGUGGACCUCCCAGCUGUGGAAUCGGUGCCUUGCUUGUUGUGACGUCACCGCCCAGUGGGCACAGGCACGUGUGGUGAUGAUUAAGAAAAUCAAGGGGGGCUUCAGGCCGUUAACCAUCUCUCAAGCUGUCUGGCGUGCGGGAGCUAGGAUUUUGAAUGCCCAACUCUCCGACUGGAUAGGUUCUUGGAGCUCUCCGUCGGAUGCCGGUGGCAUCCCGGGCACGUCGGUGUCGGGUGCCCUGCUUCAGCUGAAUGUCCUCCUUUCUCAUUUGAAAGCGCCGCCUUUUCUUUGGCCGCUGCUGAAGGCCUUUUACACGCGAGCUUCGCGCAUCGUCCAACUUGAUGGUGCAUACAGUGAUGCCUGGUUUAAGCCCCGCUUGGGUAUAGCUCAGGGUUGUCCCUUAAGUCCCACCCUUGCUGCCGCAUUUAGCCACCUUUGGACCUUGGCUGUGUUGAGGCAAGGGGUUUCAGGCCUGGUCUACCUGGACGACCGGUCCUUCUGGACUUCCUCUGCGGAUCUUGGCGACCUGGAGCAUGCGAUUCGGCGCUCCGACCGAUUCGAUGCCACUUGUGGUCUUGAAAUUUCCCUGCCAAAGUGUGCGAUCGUGGCGCCGGAGGGUCAUGUCGAGGCCUCUGCUCUGGCUGCCCGAUUCAACUAUCAGUUUUCGCAAACCCUUGAAGUCUUAGGUGUCACUGUUUCCUUUAAUGAUGAAUGGGGCUUGCUGAAAUUUUCCUUGAGAAAAGCUUUGCUGCGUAUGGACCUUUUGCGCUGGGUGACCGCUUGCAGUCGACUGCGGGCCCUCAUGCUGAAAUCACUUGUUUACCCGUGCUUGGUGUGGGCCGCUGCCUAUGCCACGCCACUGGCAGGCGAGAUGAAGCAAGUUAGAGAUGCUGCGAUUCGUGUUUUUGACUGUCAAUUUUCCUUUGAAGCCCCGCGUGUCCUGAUCUUCGAACAUGUGGGGUGGAUGCUGGAGCCACAGUGCGCUGCUGACUCUGCUGUGCUCCGCGAGGCCUGGCGCCUCCUCUGCAAGCCUCCGGCCUUUGCUCUGGAGCAGCCGCGUGAUGCCCGGGGUCAGCGCUGGGAUCAGCUGUUGCCUGCUGCGCCUGGCCUCCUUCGCAAAUUGGGGUGGAGCGUUGUUGAACGCCCUGAUGGCUUCUUUUUCGCCUGCCGUGAUGACUUAGGGAUCUCUCGUGAGGUGCAGGUCGGAUGGGAGAGCUUUGCUGAGGUUAAGGGCUGGCUGUUUGACCAUUACCGGCACCUUUACAUGCAGAGAUGCCAGCGCGUCUGGCGGAGCUUUCAUAGGCCGGACCCGAGCCUUGCACGCGGCCUGGAUCUGGCACCUCCGUCGCGGGAUGCGCGCUUCAGCUUUCGUGGGCACCGCGUUGCCAUGCAUGAGGCGACCACUCCUUAUAUGAGACGGGCUGCUGCUGUCACGGGAGGCUCGUGCUGGUUCUUUACGGCCGGGCAGGGCUUGAAUGAGCAGCAUAGGCGCAUGCAGUGCCUCUGCGGAGCGACUGCUCCGUCGCGACCGCAUGUGACCUGGGUUUGCGAGUGCACCGAGGCGCUCCGGCGGGAUCACCCCCCUCCGACGAAUCGGGCGGAGGAGCGCAUGUUUGCCAAGUCGACUCCCUUGAAUCUGAAACCUCCGGCGCCUGCCGCCUCUGACUGUGGGGCCUUUCGGGCGGACUUGGAUGCUGCUUUCCGUGCUGCCCUCGGCUCUGGCAGGAGCAGGAUUUAUGCGGCUACUGAUGGCUCCAGCCAUCGAUCUGUCGGUGCUUAUGCGGUGGUGAUCGGCGAUCCGUCUUGUGUCUAUGCCAUGGGCACUGGGGCAGAGGAUCAAUCCCCGUAUCGGCAGGAAGUUCUGGCCCUCCACGCGGCCUUUGCUUCGGUCCACCGGGUGUGGAGUGAGGGCUGCGAGACGUGCAUUUUCAUCUUGACCGACUGCAAAGCUGCCCUGACGGCCAUCUCGGGCCAUGGUGAUGAUCCCUUUAAGUUGGGCCUCUUGCUGAGGGACGCGCGCCGUCUCUGGAAGGAACUGGUGAGGCGCGGCUGUGCUAUCUCCUUGAUCUGGGUGCCGUCACACAAUAAGCACCCCCGCUGGCGGCCUUCGCCGGAUCACGAUGCGGAUGUGCUCCGCGCCUUUAACCAUGCUGCAGAUCAGGCGGCGGGCAAUUGCAUGCAAAACAGGCUCUUGGGCUCUCUCCGGGAGCGAUGGCAUCAACAGUGUGAGCAGGCUCGGGAUUGGGAGCUGGCUACCAUCAGACUUGCGGCAGCUGCUGCCGAGAAGCUGGACAAACAUGUGAAAAGUGUUCCCCUUGAUGAUGCUGAGCCCGCAGGGGCUGGGUACAUGUCAGACGGACUGCGGCUUCCUGACUUCCCUCCCAUUCAAUGUGUGGCGAAGGCUCUCAAUGACCUCGGACAGCAGCUGAGCGGUCUUCUCGAAGUCGCUCAGCCCCCAGACCACCGGGCUGACACUUCCCACACGUGCCUUCGGGCCAUGGCUCCUUCUUCUGGAGGCCUUGAUUGUGGGUUCUACCUACACCUAUGGCGAUCUUUGAAGCGAAUGAAUUGUGCUUUGAGUGAUGGUGCUUCUUUGUCGGGAAAAGAAGUGAUUGGGAAAGAAAAGAGCUGUUUCGGCAGCUGGGGCAAAGCGUCUGGCAAUGACCGAGAUGCGCAACCGAGGGUGGCUCAGCGCCUGCAGAUGCUGAGCGCUUUCAUUGUUCGAGCACGUGAUUUUCAGCUUCAGCUGUUCCAGAAGGAUUUUGAUUUCUUGGCUCAACGUGGUGUGCCGAGAACCAUGGUGUGGAGUGCAGUUGGGCCUUGGGGGCUCCGACUAGGGGCUUCGGAGAUGGAGUGCUCUGAUGGCACGUGUGUGAGCGGCAACCCGCUUGCUGCUGCAACCUCUUGGUCCUCGGGGAUGGAUCACGGGAUUGCUGGGGAUGAAUGCCCUGCUCAGGGGCUACCUUUGGCGAGUGAGCCUUGUGCGCAUGCUUCCGACACGCAGGCAAGUGCAACUUUUGGGCUUCACAUGAUUGAGGACACUUUCUCUGAGGAGUUUCUUUACUACGUGCCGCAGGCAAGUGCAGCAUUUGGGCUUCACUUGAUUGAGGACACUUUCUCCGAGGAAUUUCUUUACUACGCGCCGCAGCUGCAGCUUCUUCCCUCAGCGGCUGGUCUGGACCUUGGUGCUGGGCUGUGUGGGACGUCGUCUUGCGCUGCUGAGAGCCCUGUGUGUGACUUUCAAGAAAUCAACAAGACCCGUGAAAGGGCAAAGACGAAGAGCCUUUAUGGCCGUGUUCUUAGUGUUCUGUGGGAGCUCAGCACUAUCAAGACCCGCGAAAGGGCAAAGAGUGAGACUGAUAUCGGGCCUCUGUGCUGCUGCCAUGGCCUGGGCUCGCUGGCGGCUGGCGACGGUGGCGGCCAGUUCUUCAUCGCGCAGGGCAAGGACACUGGAGUGGUUGCCGAUGUGCCUGCGACGCGCCUGGCGGGACUGCUGCAAACUCAGAGUGAUCUUGACGGUGCGCAACUGCAGGGGGGUCAGUGGGUCAAGGUAGGCCGAAAGGUAUGUCCUGGCGUGAUGCACAACUGCGAUUGUGGACUGCGGCCUGCUGACGGGCAGCCUCAUCUGAGGCAGGGUGAUGACGGGCAAGUGCAAGGGAACUUGGGUCAGGAUCUGGACUCUGCUGUUAUCUUGCGCUCCUGCUUGUCUGAGGGCUGCUCGGGUCCCACUGGCCUCAGGUUUGGAGGCGGAAACCCGUUUGAAGGCAUGAUGGCUAGUAUCACGGAACAGCUUAUGCCCAUGAUCACCGCGCUCAUUCAGAAAGCUGUGCAGGAAGCCAUUGCAAAUGCAAUGGGAGGUGCCCCGGCAACCCCUCCCCGUGUUGUGCUGCAGGAGCCGACCCUGGAGCGAGGGCCUAAACGCCAUAACCCUGACCCUAACCCCAGCAACAAGCGAAAAAAUCAUGAGUCGAGCCGCCAUCCUUCCUCUCGUGAGCUGGGCGAGGGCAAAGCAUCUGGUGGCAGAGGUGGUCAGCCUGCUGCUGCAAAGGGCUCGGCCAAAGGUGUUGCUAAAGGCAGUGCAGAGGCGUCCCCACCCAAGCCUGGACCUAAAGGCAAAGGGCAGGGCGAUCGGCCUCCUCGUGAUGCUGAGGGCUGGACCAAGGUUCAACGUGCUCCCCCGCAGGGCCCCUUCCAGCUCCGAAGGCAGGAUUGGAGCGCGCAGUUGUUGUCGCAGGAUGGCAUCGCCAAAGCAUUGGACGAUCUUAAACCGGGUUCUACACUGGAAGCUGUCAUUCUUGUCGAGCCCUCGGCGCUGCCGAGAAUUCGCACCAUGCUUGCUGGCACCAGCAAAUCCCAUAAAAUCACCCUUGUAACCUUGGACGCGAACGGUCCUCACAAGGUCCCGGGAAGUGUGGGUGAUCUCCUGCGUUUUCGGCGAGCCUCGAUUGUGCAUUGCAAAUCCGACCCUUCUGAUGGUGGUGUCCCUUGCUUUGCGGGGCACAAGGCCAAGGCCAUUAAAGUUGUUCCUGCGUCCACUUCGGUCGUCUACUUUAAGGUGCCUGAGAUGUACAUGACGCCGGAUAAAUUCAAGCAUUGGAAGAACAACCCGAGUCGUGCUGCCUCUUCUUGGGCCAGUUCUCACCAAAUCACUUUGAGUGACACGUGGGGUUGGGUCGAGGAGCAGCAGGCUGGCAAGCAAGGUUUGCAGCUGUUUGGCAUUGCUCGCCUCCUGGAUGCCGAGCUGUCUUCUCUCGUUGCUGUCAGUGGCCGGGAUGGAGUUUUUGUUGAUGUGCCGCGCGGCAAGCUUGUCUCCACUGUGCAGUGGCUUGCUGUUACCAAGGGGGAAGCUCCGACUGCGUACCUUGAACGCGGCCUCCGCAUGAGUGCUCCUUAUGGUCUUGCCACCCAGGGCGGACGCCUUGGCGCCAGAUCGCCUAGGGAUCCCUCACAGGCUGUCCCGCGUGUUUGGAAUUUCCCUCAUGUGCCGGCUACCUGGGGACAGAAGGAAGUGCUGCAGGUGCUGGACCAAUCCUUCAAGGAUGUGGCUUUGAUUCAGCAUAAGCGCACUGGCGCCGAGUACUUGUAUCGCUUCAGAGCUACGCUCAAACACGGUGAUCUUGAUCUGGUUCCUUUGAGUGCUAUCGUCGAGAGCGAGCCGGGGAAGGACAAUGAAAUCACGCUGUGGGCUACGGUUGCACCCUAUAAGCCUAAGCAAGCUAAGCAGCGACCUCUGCGAUGUGCGCCGACUCCCUGCCUUGCCAAGGAGAAGCCUGCACUGGAGCCCAAACCUGUUAAACUUGAGGUCCCUGCUGAGCUGGAUGAUGAAGGUAAGGAGGUGUCCCCUGCCAAACAUGUUGCGGCUUCGCAUCGGCAAAUCCCCUCGGGGUGUGAUCUCAUUGAGACUCCGAAAGACGGAGCCUGUUUGUUUCACGCCAUAGCGCGUGGCCUCCACUGGCUUUCGGGCCCUAAGAAGACUGAGUACUCCCACAGGGACUUGAGGGCACGCUGUGUAGAGCACUUACGAAAAUAUGCUUCGCAAUAUAUAGGGGAAUGGGACGGCCACGGGCCGGCUCUACAAAAAUUGCGCGAAAAUGCCGCAUCUCCGGAGGACGCCUUUGAGGAAUACCUCAAGUUAAUUGCUUCGGAAUCUGCAUACGCCUCUACCAUCGAGCUGAAGGCUCUCGGACGUUUAUUUGAUUGCCACAUCCUUGUGAUCCCACGCGAUGGGAAUUUUAGUGCGAUGUCGUUUCAUGCGCAGCAGCGCAAAAGGAGGCUGGUGUUAUGGUACACGCCUCGGCACAUCGAGCUUCUUUUGCCAGCUAAGGCUAAGGAUGCUAAAGACUACCCAGAGGAGGUUUUCUCCGUUACGAGUGGUGCUGUCGUUGACCUGAGGGCUGGAGGGGAUGACGCUUCCCAGUGCUCUGGUACUGUUUGGACUGCUUGCGCCCGAUCAAACCGAUCCAAGGCCAGCCGAUCAUCCUCUGUGAAGGCGGGCACUGUGUGGACUGUCACCAACGCGUCGAGCAGAAAGGCCGCUUCUUCUCUUAAGCGCGCUCGCGGUGCUGCUGCGACGGUCUGGUCCCGAGCCGUCUCCUCUGGUGCUUCCGUGCAUUCUCAAAUGCCUGCCUUGCCGGAGUGCGAUGAUGAUGAUGCCCCGCAACCUGAGCGGUUGCAUCAUGCCAGCCGGGCCCUGCCUCAAUCUGCCCUUGUGAUGGCCCGUCGUAAUCGCGGCCGAGCCUUCCCUGAUGGAGUUGCUAAAUGCAGGCUUUGUCCCUUUCGCCGCAAGUGUGCUGAUCCUGUGAAGGCCUAUGCGGCCUAUCAGCGGCACUUCUUGGAUUCGCAUCCGGGGGAGAAGCUUGGGCUCGCUCCUGCCCGCAAGGCUUCCUGUGUUCGUGACCUCGCUGAUGGCGAGGGGGCGUACUGGAGAUGCAAACGGUGCCAGGCAGGCAUCUCUACUGCUGAUGCGGCCCUUUUUGGCAAGGACUCUCUGUGCCGCUUUCGCCGGGAGCAUAAAACACAGGCCCACCCGCGCGUCUCUUGGGCUGUGUGGAACAAGGAAGCGAAAUCACACUCGGCCACCAAAUGGGCCUCAAAGAUCAGUGUCACUCGCAACAAUGCCCAGAAGGCUAAGCUCCUGCCGGUGCUGCGCGAGCUGGAGGCUCAGGACUUUGAUGCCUUCGGGUGGCCGCGCCAGGCUGGGAAGGACACCAAUACUGUUGAUAAGUAUCCCUUACGCAUAUGCCCGGCUUGGGUGUGCCGCAAAUGCCGAGCGCCGUGCCCCUCUGCAGAGAUCGCUAGGAAACAUCGGUCGGUCAAGGGACAGUGCCCUUCUCGCACUGCUAAGGCGAGGGCGUGGAUUCGGUUGCGCUCCCUUGCUGCCAAUAAGAAGCUUCAUGAUGCUGCUCCUGCCUCUGUUCGCAAAGAGCAAGGUGAGCUCGCCUUCGCUGCUGCUGAAAAGGUCAAUGUUCCUGAAACGGCUGGCAUCGGCUAUCGCAACCAGUGGAAAGCGCAUGGCCGGCAUGUUGCUCUGAGUGCUCCUGAGGAUCUCGGCAGCCGGGUUGCUUUGGUCAGCGAUUUUCCUUUUCGGCAUGUCCAGCUGUGUAAGGGUCCUGCUUCCACCAGGCACGUGGCGGGACUCUUCAAUGUGCGAUCCCUCCCUGAGGAUGAUUCUUCGCUCCCUGCGAGCUCCCGGAGUGCCACUGAUGAAACCAUCCUGGUGGUGGCCUUUUAUGGCCAGGCCGGCAACGAGCCAGUUGCCCAGACACAAGUGGAUGAGGUUUUGGAGUGUGCGGUUGCCUCGGGUUAUAGGUUUGUGGUUUUGGGCGACUACAACCUUGAGCCUUCCCAAGGCCGCUUAGGAUCGCUAAUUUCGCAAGGCACCGUGCUUGCUGGUGAUGAAUGUGCGCGUGGCCGGCCCCUUCCUGCCACGGGCCCGGUCAAUGCCCAAGGAGUGCGCUCUCGUCGCAUUGAUUUUGCUGUUAAUCAUCGUGACUUGCCUGCGGUUUCUGUGGAUCACUUUACGUGCGAUUUUUCGGACCACUUGGGGGUACACUACUCGUAUGCCCUUGAUGCUCCUUGUCCCUUGGUUGGGCCCAAGCGAUGUAAGCCUCGUGAUGAUCUCCAGUCUUCUGACUUGGAGUCCAGAUGUGCUCAAAUUGAUGCUGGACCCUUUGCGAGCGCCUUGGAACAGAAUGAUUUGGACGGGGCUUGGCGCUUCUUGUCGGACACCGCCGAGCUUCUGCUGUGUGAGCCGUGCUCUGCAGAGUGCGUUCCUCGCGCGUCUUCCUGGGAGCCUGUCGCCCACAGUGCGGCGGGACGGGCUGGCAAGCAGCUUGUGAAGUCGGAGGGCCUGCGCCUUUUGCUGCGACUCCGUGCGAGGCUUCAGGUUCUUUCCCACCGGACGAACGAUGCUUUGCUGGUGGCGCGAAUCAGGCGCUCACUCCGGUCCACGCGCUUGAAGGUGCCCAGCCUGCCUUUUGCCCGUGAUGGCGAUGAGCUCUCUCUUCUCCCACAUGUUGCACAGCUCGUUGAGACUUUCAUGCAGCAGGAGGAGGAGGCAAGAAAGCAGAUGUGGCGCACCAGGACGCGUGCUGACCUGCCUCGUGCCCGGUCUUUUGUGAAGCGGCGCGCUGAUGAGCAGCUUGCUUGGGAGCGUCAGCUUCCGGAUGUUGCCAGUCCGGGCGACCCUGCACAUCCGGCGGUCGCGGUUGCAGCUGUGGCAAAGGACCUGCGGGCGAAGCUCUGUCCCGCGUCCUUUAGGGCGGUUGACAUGCAGGCCAUGCGUGAUCUGUUGCGGCCCCUGCCGCGCCCCGCAAGCUCGGAGGUCGUGCCUAACAUCACGCCAGAGGCUCUCCGACGCUCCAUGCAGUCCAUGAGGCACCGUGCUGCCGGGCCGGAUGCGUGGAAACCUGGACUGCUAUGUUCCAUGCCUGAUCUUUGGUGGGUGUGGACCUCCCAGCUGUGGAAUCGGUGCCUUGCUUGUUGUGACGUCCCCGCCCAGUGGGCACAGGCACGUGUGGUGAUGAUUAAGAAAAUCAAGGGGGGCUUCAGGCCGUUAACCAUCUCUCAAGCUGUCUGGCGUGCGGGAGCAAGGAUUUUGAAUACCCAACUCUCCGACUGGAUAGGUUCUUGGAGCUCUCCGUCGGAUGCCGGUGGCAUCCCGGGCACGUCGGUGUCGGGUGCCCUGCUUCAGCUGAAUGCUGCAAUGCGCGGUGGCGCUAACGUUGCGGUUCAACAGGACAUUGCGGGGUUCUUUGAUGCCAUCCAGUUUGAAGCCCUAGAGGUCCUCCUUUCUCAUUUGAAAGCGCCGCCUUUCCUUUGGCCGCUGCUGAAGGCCUUUUACACGCGAGCUUCGCGCAUCGUCCAACUUGACGGUGCAUACAGUGAUGCCUGGUUUAAGCCCCGCUUGGGUAUAGCUCAGGGUUGUCCCUUAAGUCCCACCCUUGCUGCCGCAUUUAGCCACCUUUGGACCUCGGCUGUGUUGAGGCAAGGGGUUUCAGGCCUGGUCUACCUGGACGACCGGUCCUUCUGGACUUUCUCUGCGGAUCUUGGCGACCUGGAGCAUGCGAUUCGGCGCUCCGACCGAUUCGAUGCCACUUGUGGUCUUGAAAUUUCCCUGCCAAAGUGUGCGAUCGUGGCGCCGGAGGGUCAUGUCGAGGCCUCUGCUCUGGCUGCCCGAUUCAACUAUCAGUUUUCGCAAACCCUUGAAGUCUUAGGUGUCACUGUUUCCUUUAAUGAUGAAUGGGGCUUGCUGAAAUUUUCCUUGAGAAAAGCUUUGCUGCGCAUGGACCUUUUGCGCUGGGUGACCGCUUGCAGUCGACUGCGGGCCCUCAUGCUGAAAUCACUUGUUUACCCGUGCUUGGUGUGGGCCGCUGCCUAUGCCACGCCACUGGCAGGCGAGAUGAAGCAAGUUAGAGAUGCUGCGAUUCGUGUUUUUGACUGUCAAUUUUCCUUUGAAGCCCCGCGUGUCCUGAUCUUCGAACAUGUGGGGUGGAUGCUGGAGCCACAGUGCGCUGCUGACUCUGCCGUGAUCCGCGAGGCUUGGCGCCUCCUCUGCAAGCCUCCGGCCUUUGCUCUGGAUCAGCCGCGUGAUGCCCGGGGCCAGCGCUGGGAUCAGCUGUUGCCUGCUGCGCCUGGCCUCCUUCGCAAAUUGGGGUGGAGCGUUGUUGAACGCCCUGAUGGCUUCUUUUUCGCCUGCCGUGAUGACUUAGGGAUCUCUCGUGAGGUGCAGGUCGGAUGGGAGAGCUUUGCUGAGGUUAAGGGCUGGCUGUUUGACCAUUACCGGCACCUUUACAUGCAGAGAUGCCAGCGCGUCUGGCGGAGCUAUCAUAGGCCGGACCCGAGCCUUGCACGCGGCCUGGAUCUGGCACCUCCGUCGCGGGAUGCGCGCUUCAGCUUUCGUGGGCACCGCGUUGCCAUGCAUGAGGCGACCACUCCUUAUAUGAGACGGGCUGCUGCUGUCACGGGAGGCUCGUGCUGGUUCUUUACGGCCGGGCAGGGCUUGAACGAGCAGCAUAGGCGCAUGCAGUGCCUCUGCGGAGCGACUGCUCCGUCGCGACCGCAUGUGACCUGGGUUUGCGAGUGCACCGAGGCGCUCCGGCGGGAUCACCCCCCUCCGACGAAUCGGGCGGAGGAGCGCAUGUUUGCCAAGUCGACUCCCUUGAAACCUCCGGCGCCUGCCGCCUCUGACUGUGGGGCUUUUCGGGCGGACCUGGAUGCUGCUUUCCGUGUUGCCCUCGGCUCUGGCAGGAGCAGGGUUUAUGCGGCUACUGAUGGCUCCAGCCAUCGAUUUGUCGGUGCUUAUGCGGUGGUGAUUGGCGAUCCGUCUUGUGCUUAUGCCAUGGGCACUGGGGCAGAGGAUCAAUCCCCGUAUCGGCAGGAAGUUCUGGCCCUCCACGCGGCCUUUGCUUCGGUCCACCGGGUGUGGAGUGAGGGCUGUGAGACGUGCAUCUUCAUCUUGACCGACUGCAAAGCUGCCCUGACGGCCAUCUCGGGCCAUGGUGAUGAUCCCUUUAAGUUGGGUCUCUUGCUGAGGGACGCGCGCCGUCUCUGGAAGGAACUGCUGAGGCGCGGCUGUGCUAUCUCCUUGAUUUGGGUGCCGUCGCAUAAUAAGCACCCCCGCUGGCGGCCUUCGUCGGAUCACGAUGCGGAUGUGCUCCGCGCCUUUAACCAUGCUGCAGAUCAGGCGGCGGGCAAUUGCAUGCAAAACAGGCUCUCGGGCUCUCUCAGGGAGCGAUGGCAUCAGCAGUGUGAGCAGGCUCGGGACUGGGAGCUGGCUACCAUCAGACUUGCGGCUGCUGCUGCCGAGAAGCUGGACACACAUGUGAAAAGUGUUCCCCUUGAUGAUGCUGAGCCCGCAGGGGCUGGGCCUUGA